UUCACGUGCGGCCUGCGCGCCGGGCUUCACGUGGAGCGAAUCUGGGGUCGUGCCGAGGGCAGCGACGUGUCUGUCCCACCCUGAAUUGAAAUGUACAGCCUACUCUUCCUGAUCAUUUAUUUGUCACCUGAUUUUUUUGGACCGGCUGCCCGACAGUCGGGUUGACCAACAGGUUUGCGUUUCCUCACAGCGUGGUCUUGAAGACAGAACGAUGCCAACGAUGCCAAAGAAAGCAAAGUCUAUGGGGCCUGAGAAGGAAGAGGGGCCAGUUCCCUGUAAACAGCGGAAGGUGGAGGCAGCUGGUGGGCCCUCCUCUUUAAACUUUGACAGCCCUAGUGAUUUGUUUGAAAGUUUAAUUUCGCCCAUCAAGACAGAGACUUUUUUCAAGGAGUUCUGGGAGCAGAAACCCCUUCUCAUUCAGAGAGAUGACCCUGCGCUGGCCACAUACUACCAGUCCCUUUUCAAGUUGUCAGAUCUGAAGAGCCUGUGCAGCCGGGGCGUGUACUAUGGGAGAGACAUAAAUGUCUGCCGGUGUGUCAGUGGGAAGAAGAAGGUUUUAAAUGAAGAUGGCAGAGUGCACUUUCUUCAGCUGAGAAAAGAUUUUGAUCAGAAAAGGGCAACAAUUCAGUUUCACCAACCUCAGAGAUUUAAGGAUGACCUUUGGAGGAUCCAGGAGAAGCUUGAAUGCUACUUUGGCUCCUUGGUUGGCUCGAAUGUGUACAUAACCCCUGCUGGAUCUCAGGGCCUGCCACCCCACUAUGAUGAUGUUGAGGUGUUCAUCCUGCAGCUGGAAGGGGAGAAACACUGGCGCCUUUACCGCCCCACCGUGCCCCUGGCUCGCGACUACAGCGUGGAGGCUGAGGAAAGGAUCGGGCAGCCGACCCACGAGUUCACGUUGAAGCCUGGUGAUUUGCUGUACUUUCCCAGAGGGACCAUUCAUCAGGCAGACACCCCUCCGGGGCUGGCCCACUCGACUCACGUGACCAUCAGCACCUACCAGAACAAUUCAUGGGGAGAUUUCCUUUUGGACACCAUUUCGGGGCUUGUGUUUGAUACCACGAAGGAAAACCUCGCGUUCCGGGCCGGCAUCCCCCGGCAGCUGCUCCUGCAGGUGGAAACCACACCUGUUGCCGUAAGAAGACUAAGUGGCUUUUUGAGGACGCUUGCAAACCGUCUGGAAGGCACUAACAAGCUGCUUUCAUCAGACAUGAAGAAGGAUUUUGUUAUGAACAGACUCCCACCGUACUAUGUGGGAGACGGAGCAGAACUUGCAACUCCAGGUGGACAGCCGCCCAGGUUGGACAGCGUAGUGAAGCUGCAGUUUAAGGACCACACUGUCCUCACAGUGAAGCCAGAUCAGGAUGGAUCUGAUGAAGCUGAAGAAAACAUGGUUUUCGUCUAUCAUUCCUUACAGAAUAGGAGAGAGACACACAUGAUGGGAAGUGAGGACACAGAGUCUCAUGGACUUCGCUUUCCUUUGUCUCACGUGGAUGCGCUGAAGCAAAUUUGGAACAAUUCGCCUGUUUCUGUCAAGGACCUGAAACUUCCUACGGACGAGCAGAAGGCAGGCCUGGCACUAGCCCUCUGGACGGAAUGUUUAAUCCAGGUAGUCUAGUGCCAGGGAGCCCCCUUCGGCCUGCGUCAGCAGGCGGGGUUGGAGGAGUGGUUACGUGCGACUCUGCCUGUGUGUGUCUGAUAAGCUGAGGCCCACCUGGCCGCAUGCACUAGCAGAGGCAGUGGGAGAGAAAGAACAGCAGGUUACGGGGUGUCUAGAAAGUGACAAAACCAUACUUUGACAAGUUUAUUUAAUCCAGUGUGGUAGAAAAGGCACAACUACAAUGUAUCAUUUAAAUUUAAGAAUUGUUAUCUGUCUUUGUUCUUUGGAAGUAACUUCUUUAAAGAGCCUCAUUGGCUCCAGAAAAAAUUUAAACAAUUAACAUGAAGGAAAAAAUUUUAA